CGGCUCUCUUUGCUCUCCCUCUUCUUCUUUCUUUCCUCCCCGUGAUCAUCCUUCAUCCCCCUUCCCCAUCAGCUCACAUCCUCAUCCUCAUCCUCAUUCCCCUUCUCAUACCAUACCUAUACCCAUCUUCAUUCGAAAUCGCCUUGCAUUCCUUCUCGCUGCAUUUCACAUCCCUUCCGCCCUCUUUUUUUCAUUCGUCUGGUUUCACCUUAAGAAGCACAGCACUAUUUGCCACCAAUACCGACCAUUGCACCUGUUUGAUACCCCUCGUCCAUAGCUUUUAAUAUUUAUCCCUAAAUUCAAUUCUCGAUCUGGACCCUCUCCUUCUCUUUAUCAAUACCAGGGUCGUUUAAUUACCUCUACCAACUUGGCCAUAAUAUCGCACGCCACUAUUCUCUCGCCUAUCCACUGUGUUCUCCUAUCACAUCCGUGAAAAAGAACGAAAAAAAUGGGCGCCUGUGUGUCAAAUCCAGCGGACUCGCAAAGCAGGAAGAUUGACCUCGCUCUCAAGGCCGAUGGAAGGUUACGAAAAACAGAAGUCAAAUUACUGCUUCUUGGGGCGGGAGAGGCAGGCAAGACGACCAUCAUCAAACAAAUGAAGCUGAUGCAUGCUUCGGGAUUCUCGGGGCCAGAACGAGAAGCCUUUCGCGGUUUUGUGUUUGGCAACAUGGUCGGGGCUAUGCAGUCGAUGUUGCAAGCCAUGGAGGAACACCACAUUAGCCUUGCCAACUCUGAGAAUGCGAUCUAUCUUCCAAUAUUUACAGAGACCCCACGGAUCGCCAGCGGAGCAUCCUACCCACCUCAAUAUCAACAAGCGAUCAAGUCUCUAUGGAGCGAUGCAUCUGUACAGCAAAUUUACGAAAUGGGACAUACUUAUGCGCUAGCGGAUAACGUGAAGUACUUCUUCGAUGCCGUUGACCGCAUUUAUGCACCGGACUAUAUCCCAGUCGACGCCGAUAUUCUUAGAUGCCGCGUGAAAUCGACUGGUAUUACGGAAACGACAUUUCAUCUCGGCAGUCUCACCUACAGGAUGUUUGAUGUGGGUGGGCAACGAUCCGAGCGCAAAAAAUGGAUCCAUUGCUUUGAAGGCGUAACUGCGGUGCUGUUUUUGGUGGCCAUUAGUGGGUACGACCAAUGUCUAGUCGAAGACAAGGAUGCUAAUCAAACCGAGGAAGCACUGAUGCUGUUUGACCAGAUCUGCAACUCGCAGUGGUUCAUUGACACAGCCAUGAUCAUGUUUAUGAACAAGACGGAUAUCUUUAAGGAAAAGAUCAAGCACUCGAACAUAAGUACCUACUUCCCAGACUACAAUGGUUAGGAUUCCAUCAUUAUAUUUUUUUUCCUUUCUUUUUCCUGCUGAGCAAGUUAGAGAGUAUGCAGACACUUUUUGUUAUCUGUACAAAUUCCUGAUAAUAUCUCUGUUUGUUGUCUACUUCCUUAGGCAAGGAAGGCGACUAUAUCGAGGCAUCAGGGUUCUUUCGAGCACGAUUCAUGCGGCUGAACCGGAGUGAGCACAAAGAGGUGUACGUGCACUACACAGAUGCGACGGACACGAAUCUGCUGAGGAACAUCAUGUCGUCUGUCAACGAUAUUAUCUUGCAGAGAAAUACCAGUGUGUUGGCUCUCUGAAAAAAACAAAUAAGAC